CAGAUGCAAGUGGAUCCAUGAAGGUGUCCGUGGUAGCAGAGGAAAACCCCUUCUCCAUGGCAAUGCUUUUGUCUGAGGAGUGCUUCAUUUUGGACAAUGGUGCUGCAAGGAAGAUCUUUGUGUGGAAAGGCAAAGAUGCUAACCCACAAGAGAGAAAAGCUGCCAUGAAGAAUGCUGAACAAUUCAUACAACAGAUGAAUUAUCCUGCCAACACACAGAUUCAAGUCCUUCCUGAAGGAGGUGAAACGCCAAUUUUCAAACAAUUUUUCAACGACUGGAAGGAUAAAGAUCAAAGUGAUGGCUUUGGCAAAGUGUAUGUCACAGAGAGGGUGGCUAAAAUUGAGCAGAUUGAAUUUGAUGCUACCAAGUUACAUGAGUCUCCACAAAUGGCUGCCCAGCAUAACAUGGUAGAUGAUGGCUCAGGGAAAGUAGAGAUCUGGCAUGUGGAAAGCAGCGGCAGAGUUCCUGUGGGACCUGAGAUGCAUGGACAAUUCUACGGUGGUGACUGCUACAUUAUCCUCUACACUUACCCUAAAGGGCAGAUCAUCUACACAUGGCAAGGAGCCCAUACUACAAAAGAUGAACUGACUGCAUCUGCAUUUCUGACUGUUCAGUUGGAUCGGUUAUUGAAUGGUCAGGCUGUGCAGAUCCGAGUCAGCCAAGGCAAAGAGCCUGCACAUUUGCUGAGCUUGUUCAAAAACAAACCGCUUAUUGUCUACAAGGAUGGGACAUCCAAGAAGGAAGGUCAGAAACCUGCUCCUCCCACACAACUCUUCCAAAUCCGCAGGAACCUCGCAGCCAUUACCAGGAUUGCGGAGGUUGAUGUUGACGCAAUGUCACUAAACUCUAAUGAUGUCUUUGUUCUGAAACUGCCAAACAACUCUGGCUACACCUGGGUAGGAAAAGGAGCAAACAAAGAAGAGGAACAAGGAGCUCAAUACAUUGCCAGUGUUCUUAAAUGCCAGACUGCUAAGAUUAAUGAAGGCCAGGAACCAGAGGAAUUCUGGAAAGCACUUGGAGGUAAAAAAAAAUAUCAGACUUCAUCACAACUCUUGACAAAGGCUGAAGAUCAUCCCCCUCGCCUGUAUGGUUGUUCUAAUAAGACUGGCAGAUUUAUUAUUGAGGAGGUCCCAGGAGAAUUCACUCAGGAUGAUUUGGCUGAAGAUGAUGUCAUGCUGCUGGAUGCUUGGGAGCAGGUUUUUGUCUGGAUUGGGAAGGAUGCUAAUGAAACUGAGCGACAGGAAUCUGUUAGAUCUGCCAAACGUUAUAUUGAAACAGAUCCUUCUGGCAGAGAUAAGGGGACCCCCAUUGUAAUCGUGAAGCAGGGCCACGAACCCCCAACAUUCACAGGCUGGUUCCUGGCUUGGGACUCCAACAGGUGGAAGAUUAGUCCCAGUCAACAGUCGAUAUCUCAUGCACUUCUGCUGCCAGACUCUAUCCCAUCCUGGCGUUUGCAGAUGCACCCCAGCAUCCACUAA